CUGACCGUGGACAGUAUAUAGCGGUUAAAGAGCCUUGGGGAGCAGAGCCUGUGGGUUGGGGUGGAAUAGUUAAUCAAGAUGUUUGAUUUGUUUGCUCGGAUGACCGAGAUUGAAAACAAGACAGGUAAGGAGGUUCAGAUAAAAGAGGUCGAGAGAGGUGAUAAAUCGGGGGGAAAGCUAGUUGUUAGGAUACCAGAUGAGAGUCGCAAAUUGAUAAGAGCGAAGAAAUUCCUAGAUCAUAGUUCUUAUGAUGGUGUUCCCAGAUCCGUUCAUGUCAUCGCAACUGCUAAUGGUACGACGACCACGAUGGUCCUUACAGCACAGUAUUUCAAUACCAACGGACGAGUCACCUUUGAAGUAGAAAAAGAAACAGGAAAACUGGUGGCGAAGGCAGAAACGAUCCCCCAAAAAAGCAACUUCAUGAGGCUUUUCUCAGACUCUUCACGGGUACAGUGAUGAGGUAAAUGAUCGGUAUCAUCUCUCUCUAAUAUAUAUUUCAGUGCAUAGAUGUUCAAGCCAAUUCCCCAUGGAUAUGUGGAUCUGUGUUCACCUCUUUAAGGUUGGAUAUGUAGCCUUACAAAAUAGGACGCGGAUCCUCUGCUUGGUUUUUUCUAGCUUGGAUCUGCUUGACUUUCUUCAGAGCAUGCAUGGCACAUCAUUUAAACAUCAUCCGAAAGC